AUGUGGUGGAACUCAGGCCCGCACUUGCGGCGGCGCAUGCUGAUAGAGGCGGGUCUGUCGGACAGCAGCCGCUGCAGCAGCAGCUUCUUCGGGGGCAACAGCGCGGUGGAGGAGUUCAAAGGCGUGCUGCGCUCGAAGUUCGGCUCCCUGUCGAGGGCCUGGCGAAUGGGGCUGGAUGCGGACGGCAGCGGCAAGAUGGACAUGCGCGAGUUCUGCGAGGCUCUUCAGAAGAUGGGCUACGUGGGCAACAUCCGCACCCUCUGGCACUUGCUGGAAGGUGGUAAUUCUGGCAGCAUCUCCUUCGACGAGCUGGACCGCAAAGCGGCCGGGGCCUUCGAGAAGUUCCGGGUGCUGGGCUUGCAGCACCACGACUCCAUCGAGGCCAUGUGGAAGGCGAUCAUGGACAAGGACCGGAACAACAUGGUGAGCCUGGCGGUCUUUGCCGAGGGCUGCCGAGCUCUGGGCUACGAGGACGAGGAGGAGGUGGCGGAGCUCUUUGAGCACCUUCUGCUGCGCCCUGGGUCCCGGCACAUGACGCUGGAGGACAUCAUCUUCCUCCAGAGCUGGGAGAAGACGAAGCAGAAGAAGGCGGAGCGGCGGCGCCUCGGGGUGCGAUGGCUGAACCGGGAUCCCUUCCUCUCGGCGAGGAUGCUGGACCCCAGCCAGUCUGACCUGUUUGAGUCGGAGUACACGCACCAGGUGUCCCUCGACUGGGACGAGGAGGUGCGGAAGUUCCGGCGCUUCCUCACCAAGACCUUCGGCUCGCUGCCCCUGGCCUUCGAGGCCAUGGACGCCAACAAGAGCGGCCAGCUGUCGCUGGUGGAGUUCCAGUCCGCCGUGGCACAGGUGCUGAAGUACUGCCGCCACGGGGAGGCGCGGAAGCUCUUCCGGGCCCUGGCGCCGGACGCCAUGCUCACUUGGCAAGAGCUGGGCAUCUCCAAGGUGGAGUGGACUGCGCAUCGCAUGCAGAAAGCCAUGAGCGCGCGGCAGCGCGCGGCCCAGGCGAAGAUCACUGCAGGGGCACGGCUGGGCUCGAGCCCAAGAAUGCGGAAGGCGGAGGAUACCCACAUCGAGCGGAUCCGAGAGCGAAAGCCAGGCGGAAAGUUCGUCUUCAAUUCGCCGUUGCCACCAGGCUGGGGCCCGCCCCCCGAGUUCCUGCCCUUGGAGCCGCCCCGGCGCCGGAAGAGCGCGCUGCUGCGGGACGUGCUCAGUGCCCAGGGCUCGCGGCCUCAGAGCAAGGCCAAGGAGGCAAGCGAGACCACGAUGGAAGAUGGAUCCUGGUGCUCCAGGAACUUUCUGCACCGGUACCGCUUGGCGUUCGUUGCCGCAGGUCGCAGCUGCGCAGCGGUGGAGGCGCUGCCUGCGGAGCUGACGGCGGCUUUGGCGCGCUGCCUGAGGCUGGGCGCGGGGUCGCCGGAUCUGACAGCCUGGGCGGACUGCGCAGAUCAUCCGUUUGCCGGCUUGCCGCAGGACCCCGGGCAGGAGCGGCGCGUGCUGAGCUCGCCGGGCCCCGAGCCCUGGGGGCCUUUUGCCGUGUCCUUCACCGCGCUGGGGCCUUCGGAGUCCACGCUGCGCAGCAGCUUUACGCUCAAGGCCGGGACACGGCAGCGACGUUCGGGGGGGUGUCGGUACUUUGCAGUGUUCCAUUCCGCGCAGGAGUUGCAGUGGCCGGGCGCGGGCUGGCUGCCUCACCGCCUCUCGCGCGCAUCGAUCGAGCGGAUGGCCUGCGAGGAGAAGGAGCCUUUGUCGCUCCAGGCGCUGCCGGAGGUCCUGGAGGGCGUCUUGGCCAAGCACAGCGCAGUGGUCUUGGAGCGGCUGGAGCGGCUGGACGCGUGGCUGGAGACCCUCGACGGUUUGCUCCAACAGCCGGGUGCCUGUGCAUCGCUGCAGCGGCAGGAGCAGAGGCCGGAGAUCUCCAUGGACGAGAGCCAAGAUGCCCCCCGCAUCUCCAGCAAGCCGCAGCUGUCUCGCAUGGACAGCCUCGGGGAGCGGGAGGCCAGACGGAUGGGGCAUCGUAUGAACGAGGAGUUUGCAGAGCAGGACAAGGCAAGCCUAGACGAGGAGCCAGAGGGACCUCCUGGAAUGUGCCCUGCGUUGAGCCGUUGGUCCGCGAGGAUCUUGAACUCCCAGUGUGCGAAUGUCUUCUUCGGCCUGGUCGUGGUAUCGAACUCGCUGUACCUGGGUGUGCAGUUGGAAGUCAACGCGGUGAAUCGGGCCUAUGGGGAGAACUCCAGCCUCUUCAUGACCGUGCACGUGAUCUAUGCGGUGCUUUUCACCGCGGAGGUCUGCCUGCACGUGGCAGCUGAGGGACUGCGGCACUACCUCUGCGGGGAGGAUUGGUCUUGGAAUUGGCUCGACUGCUUUGUGGUGACUUCCUCCUGGGUGGAGCUGGUGGUGGACUUGCUGUCCCCAGGAGAUACCACCAGCCGCGCCAACAGCAAUCUCCGGGCUCUGCGCCUGCUGAGGGUUGGCCGGCUGUUUCGGGUGGUGCGGAUCAUCCGCGUGGUGAAGUUCUUCAGAUCCUUGAGGACGCUGGUCUACUCCCUGGUGGGCACGCUGAGGUCCCUCUUCUGGGCCCUACUGUUGCUGUUCUUGAUCAUCUACAUAUUUGGCAUCUUGUUUACUGAUGCGGUGCUGGACCACAUCAUCGAGCAACAAACUGCUGGUGCUGAUUUGGAGAAGCAAGAGCUGGCGGAUGUCGCGACAUAUUUUGGGACGUUGUACCAAUCAUGCCUGACGCUGUUUAAAUGCAUCUCCGAUGGUCUCACAUGGAACGAGCCUUCCACUGCUCUCACGCGCAUUCCGCUUGGAGACUUCUGGGCACAACUUUUCCAUUUUUACAUAGCAUUCUGCAGCUUCGCGGUAUUAAACGUGAUGACAGGAGUCUUCUGCAACUCAGCUAUCAAGGCUGCGGAGAGUGACCACGAAAUGGUAGUGCAAUCGUUGGUUCAAACUCGGCAAGAGCUACGUGAUCAAGUGUCCUCCGUUUUCCACCAGUUCGACCAGCGCGGGCACGGGCAGAUCACCUUCACGGACUUCGAGAAUCUGUUUGAGGAUGAGGCGGUGAAGGCCUUCUUCGAGUCCUUGCAGAUCGGGGCCUCGGACGCCUGGACGCUGUUCACCAGCUUGGACACGGACGGGGACCACACCAUCAGCGUGGACGAGUUCACCGAGAGGUGCGUACAGCUCCAGGGCCCCGCCAAGAGCGCGGACCUCUACGCCUUGCGCCAGCUGACGGUCAAGCUGGGGAAGCAGCUCCAGCUCCUAGACGAGAACAUGCAGAGGAUGGAGAAUAGGGCAGGCAGCAAGCUGUUCCAGGUGUGAGGCUCCAAGCUCUCACCAUCAUAGGUGUCUUUUUCCG